GUUUACAGGAAACAUGAGUAUCAGGAAGUAGAAAGUUUGUGAGAUAUGUUGUGUCGCCAAAACUUACUACUAUAGUAAAAAAAAAAAGUUUAGGUCGUUUAAAGCCCGGAUACACAAAGAGUUCAAAGAAAAGCAGGUGUGAAAGCGUGCUUACGAAGUCUAAGGUAGGAUUUAGUUUGAGUAAUACUGAAGGUGAAGCGCUUGUCUGCAUGGAAAUUAAGUCCGAACACGGGACCAGUUGAAGACGCCAUGAAUCGAGUCCCCCUGCAGCAGCCGCAGAGCUGUGGGUCCUGGGAGCUGAAGGAGCGACUGGGCACCGGAGGGUUUGGGAAUGUCACAAGAUGGCAAAAUAAGGACACAGAGGAACAGAUCGCUAUAAAGCAGUGCCGUCAGGAGCUGAGCGAGAGAAACAAAGAAAGAUGGUGUCUGGAGAUCCAGAUCAUGAAGAGGUUGGAUCAUGUUAACGUUGUUGCAGCCAGAGAAGUUCCUGAGGGAAUGCAGAAACUGGUGGCAACCAAUGACCUACCACUGCUGGCAAUGGAGUAUUGUCAGGGAGGGGAUCUGAGAAAGUAUCUGAACCUCUUGGACAACUGCUGUGGAAUGAGGGAGGGCUCCGUUCUGAUUCUGUUAUGUGACAUUUCUUCGGCUCUAACCUACCUCCAUAAGAAGAGGAUCAUCCACAGAGAUCUGAAACCAGAAAACAUUGUGAUGCAGCAGGGAGAGAAGAGAUUGAUCCACAAGAUUAUAGAUCUCGGCUACGCUAAAGAGCUGGACCAGAGCAGCCUUUGCACCUCGUUUGUGGGAACACUACAGUACUUAGCUCCAGAGCUCAUUGAGAGACGUAAGUACACGGUCACUGUGGACUACUGGAGCUUUGGGACUUUGGUGUUUGAGUGCAUCACAGGAUUUCGCCCUUUCUUACCAACCUGGCAACCGGUUCCUUGGCACCAUAAACUGAAGCUGAAGCAGGACGAUGAUAUUGUCGUUUAUGAGGACCUCACAGGGGAAGUUCGCUUCUCCAAACACCUGCCGCAGCCCAACAACCUCAACAGUCUGCUAUUAGAGAAACUGGAGAGGUGGCUGCAGCUGAUGUUAAAGUGGUCUCCUCAGGAGAGAGGCAAAGACCCCGAGGCUACGCCCAGCAACUGCUUCUCCCAGUUGGAGCUCAUACUGCAGCUCAAGCUGGUUCAUGUGCUGAACAUGAUGUCUGCUAAGAUCCUGACAUACUCAGUGGCGGAUGAUGAGACUGUGGCAGACCUGCAGCUGAGGAUAGAAAAAGACACCAAGAUCCCUGCAGCCAAUCAGGAGCUGCUUCUGGAGGCGGGGUUAGCCUUGGAACCUCAUGGACUGGCUACACAAUGCGCCGUAGAUUACACAGAGAUAGAUGGGCGACGGACAGACUUGCCUCUGGUCUUCCUGUUUGAUCGUUCCUCUUGCAAUUAUGAACCUCACUUCGCUCCUCGCACCCUUCCGGAAAACAUUCGCUUUGUCCAAACGGACCCUAAGCACCUCCUGCCUUACAGCCCUCUGAGGAGGACUUGUGGCCAGGCGUGGCACACCAUCCGCUCCCUAAAGGAAGACUGGCAAAGAUUGCAGCAGGGGCAGAAAGCGGCCAUCAUGAGCCUGCUGAGACACAACUCUUCACUGUCCAAACAGAAGAAUGAGAUGGUGUCCAUGUACCAGAGACUCAUGGCCAAGCUUGACUUCUUCACCACCAGCCUUCAUAUAGACAUGGACAAAUACCAGGAGCAGACAGCUACCGGGAUCGCGUCAGAGAAACUCCUGUGCGUGUGGAGGGAGAUGGAGCAGACUGCUGUCAGCUGUGGUCAGGCCAAGGUGAGUGAACUGGAGGAGGAGAUGAUGCAGCUGCAGCCAGACAUAGUGGAUGUGCAGAGACAACCGUGGAGGAGUGGAGAGGCCCUGGACACUCUCGAAGGAAAGGCCAUGGAGCUGUUCCGCAAACUCAGAGAGAAACCCAGAGACCAGAGGUGUGCAGGGGACAGUCAGGAGGUGGUGCGCCUGGUGGUUCAGGCGGUGCAGUUCUAUGAGAGGAAGCUCAGAGACUUCUACACACACCUCAGUAAGACCGCAGUGUGCCGCCAGCGCGUGAUGGAGCUGCUGCCGAAGGUGGAGGGCGUGGUCCAGAGGAUGGCUGAGAGCGAGCAAGUCCUGAUGGGUCUGCAGGAGAAACGACAGAGGGAGCUGUGGAACCUGCUCAAAGUCGCCUGUAGUAAAGUUCGCAGCCCGGUGAGUGGGAGUCCCGAUGGAUUACGAACCCCCUCUUCAGUGCCGCCUCUACUGACCCCCAGACACAGCUUACAUCAGAUUGACGAGUCUCUUGUGGAGGAGAGCAGGACAUUUGAGAGUCGACUUCAGAGUUUGCUGCAUGACACCAUCCAGGAAUCGGAGAGCAGUAUGGAGAUGUUGAGCGAGUGGACGUGGCUGCAGGGAAGCCAGAAUUUCUCCAGUGACCUCUCUUAAAUUGGGUUUCAUUUUUUGCUUACUUUUGGUACUUUACUGCCUCUGUGUGGAUGGGAUGUCAAACUACAAGAGGAGUCGGUAUAAGCUGGUUUGUUUAACAAUGUGAAUAGUGUAAUAGCUGCUGGCACAUAUUUGCCUAAUGACAUUAAGGAGAUGGUAAAUCUACCCACAUGCCUGACAGUGUAGACGAGGAAAAUUAAUGCCAACCUGUAGUGCACUGAAGCAAAUCUAUCUUUAAUUAGGAUUAACCAGAAUUUACUAAAGCAGAACGUUAUUUAUUUACCCAUUUGUAAUUUCAACAAAACAUAAAAAUACAUUUUGGGGUAAAAUUACAUUUCUUUAUGCACAGAUCAACUAUUCUAUAGAUGAUACAAACCAUGCAGAAAAUAUUCCCACUAUGUUAAAACAACUGACAAACAUAAAGAGCACAUUUUAUCCUCAAAAAACAUUUCUUUAUAUUUCUUUCACUGUGUUUGGUGGACUUUUAUCAUGAAAGAUUAUAUUUUAAGAUUUAUGCACAAUCAUCCGAAAUAAACAGGUUUUUUUGUUAUAUUCUACAGAUAUCUCUGCCUUGAACUGUUUGUUCUGAACUUAAAUGUAAGUGUUUAUCCGUUUUUAUGUGUUUCUCACUGGACCAUCAUUUUUUAUUGCAACUAUUUUAGUAAGACAAUCAUUUAAUGAAAUGGGUGACAUGUAAAAUUAAUAUUACAGUAUAACUGUAUGUUGAAAUACUGUAUGAAAGUGAUCCUUUUUGUUUUUUACAUUCACUGAUAAUUGCAUGGAGGUUGGCCACAAUAACAGGAACACUGGCACAAUACGGUGCAGCCCAGUAUCCCUGCAAUAAUUAUUAAGUGUAAAUAAUUAAGAGGUUGGGUGUUUGUGGGUAUAGUCAAAAGCAACACAAAUCUCAAAUUUCUAGUCUAAACUUCAAUUUUUAAACAUUUCCUUGUUUUACUCUAAACAGUGCAUACGCAGAUAUUGAGCCAAUGUAUGGACUGUAGCAAACCUGUGAAAACAGCUACAAAACUAACCAAAUUGACUUUUUAAUACCACCAUACCACCAUUAUAUUUGAAGCUAAUGUGACUGCUACAGCAAUUUGAUAUUGCACAGCUUCAUCUGAACGACUGGAGGCAGUCUGUACUGUAUAUAGAUAAUACAAAAUGAUAAGAAAUGUUAGUGUCAAGUGUCUGUGAUAUCUUGUCUAUCUUAUGUACAUACUCUGUUAAGUUUGUAAUGUCUGAAUAACAGAAUGUUAGACAUUUCUUUCAUCAUUUUCAAAGCAAAAACUGAAUUUUGUAUCUUGAAUACAGUAUUUUACUGUACUGUUUGUGAUGUUUUCUUUAAGAAAGAGGGCACAGGUUCUCCUCUAUCUUCACCUCUUUUAUGCCAACCAAAUCAAUAAUAAAGAAAACAAGAUCAUA